UACGAGCGUGCACGAAGGCGCACCGCGAGAUUCCCCUGUCGCAACUAAAAUGUGACUCGAGGCAGACCGGGAGAGCCGUACAACAACCGAGCGCCACACGAAAUUCCAUUAGUUUAGAUCACAAAAAACAACAACAACAACAAUUAAAACUUAAAUGUUUGAGUUAUAAAUCGCUGUAAAUCGUCUUCAUUAUAAAGGACUAUACGUUUGUAUAAAUACGCGUGAAUGCAUGGAUAAAAAGUGCUUUGAAUUAUCGAAGAAUAAAUAAACGAUGGGGAAUGGAAGAUAAGAGGCUUCGUCUAUGCAAAGAGCGUUGAAUCAGCAGUGACAGACCCCUCGAUGACUACUUCAAAUUACAUAUCAUCAAUUAGCAUAGAGAAAGACGAAAAAUAAAAGGAGAUAAAGCACACUGUGAAGUGAGUUUGUGACUGCGUGUGGCAACUCGUGCUUCAUAGACGCUCGCACAUUGUGAAUUAGUGCUCGGUCACAUAUAGUUGAGAAAGAGGACGAAAAAAGAGCGCUCGCGUCUCAGGGUCGAAAGGCAACGUCACGAAUAAACAUGCUGCAAGCUCAUGUACGACACGAUUGAACUCAACGCUCGCAACCCCCUGCGAGUAAGCUAAUCGCGUUUUCGUUACCCUCGGGGCAGCAAAAGCUCUAGGAGAAAAUAAAGGGAACGCUCCUCAACGCGGUCGACAGCGCCUCCAACCAUGACCGAGUCCGACGGUUAUCAAUUUUUACCCUUUCGGCUUCACGAGCAGCAUUUAUAUAAUUAAGUUUGAGGCCGAUCAUUUUGGUCACACACCCUCUUUGGCAAACUCUAUUCCUCUCACUUUCUUUUUCCUUAUCGCCCGCGUGGGGCUCCAAAAAGUUUCCGAAAUAAACGUGACUUUCGAGACAGCUCGCUGGAAUAAAGGGACGAAAAAAGUUAUAAACCGUGAACGGGGGAACUGCUUUCGCGUGGCUGAGACUUUCUAACUAUACGUUUAUGUGUGUAUACGUGUGCACAAAUAUAUGCAGUCGAUCCAGGUACAGUAUAGCGUGCGGAGGGAAAGGGCUCGGAAGUGAACGAUAAACGUGACAUAAUAAACGAUAUACGAAAAUAAACUCGCGAGUUAUAUACACGAUAAGAACCGCGUGCGUUUUCUGGCCAAAAAAGUGAGAGUGAAAAAUAAUCGGUGGUGGGAGAGGAAAAGAGAGAGCGAAGAGGGAGAGAAUACGAGGGACCCUAAGAAAAGUAGUUAUAUUGUACUAUAAACGAAAGUUCUAGAGAAACAAUGAAGUUCGAAAUGAUGGACCGUGAGAAGGGGCUGGAGCUGUUUGGGAAACUCAUCCGGACGAAGAAGAUUGAGAAUAUGCAAGGUGAUCAACAACGAUCAGGUCCAGAGCCCGUACACCCGGUUGACUCGAAGCAGAAACUACAGAAGUGCCUGACGACUCUAGACUUGACGUCCCUUGGGGUGGGCUCCUGCGUGGGGACAGGAAUGUACCUGGUUGCGGGUAUGGUGGCGCGGAGCGUCGCUGGCCCCGGCGUCGUCAUCUCUUUCAUUAUUGCAGCCAUCGCUUCCAUUUUCUCCGGAGCGUGCUAUGCCGAAUUUGGCGUCAGAGUGCCUCAUACGACCGGAAGCGCUUACAUGUACAGUUACGUGACCGUAGGCGAAUUAAUUGCAUUCAUUAUUGGAUGGAACAUGGUGCUGGAAUAUCUUAUAGGUACGAGUGCUUGUGCGUGUGCUCUGAGCGCCUGCCUCGAUGCCCUAGCCAACGGGGCGGUAUCCGAAGCAAUAGGAAACAGCGUUGGCACCAUUUUUGGUCGCCCACCGGACUUUUUAGCCUUCGUAAUCACAUUAUUAAUGAUGUUACUAAUGGCAGCGGGUGUGAAAAAGUCUUUGGUAUUUAACAACGUGUUGAAUGCCGUUAAUCUUGCGGUGUGGGUUUUCAUCAUGGCAGCGGGAAUGUUUUACGUCGACUCGGAUAAUUGGGCGGAACACAAGGGUUUUCUGCCUUUCGGCUGGAGCGGGGUUUUCACCGGUGCUGCAACAUGUUUUUAUGCAUUUAUCGGAUUCGAUAUAAUUGCUACGACGGGGGAGGAGGCAACGAAUCCGAAGAGAAGCAUUCCCCUAGCAAUAGUUUCGUCAUUGGCCAUUAUCUUGAUCGCCUAUGUCACAAGCAGUAUGGUGUUAACGUUGAUCGUGCCAUACGAUCAAGUUGAUCAGGAUUCUGCGCUCGUUGAGAUGUUCAGCUACGUUGGAGCCUACAAGUGCAAGUACAUCGUAGCGGUUGGGGCACUAGCUGGUUUGACGGUCUCUAUGUUUGGCAGUAUGUUCCCCAUGCCUAGAAUAGUGUACGCCAUGGCUCAGGAUGGCCUCAUAUUCCGAACUUUAAGCCAAGUAUGGCCCAUAACCGGGACCCCUGCUCUGGCAACUUUGACUUCCGGUCUGGCCGCUGCUUUCGCAGCGCUUCUCAUACAAUUGGAAGUUCUCGUAGAAAUGAUGUCGAUAGGUACCUUGCUAGCUUAUACCUUGGUUUCAACCUGCGUGCUGAUCCUCCGUUAUCAACCUCACUCCACGAAUUUGGUGGAAUUGUUGCCACAAAGCCUUCGGACGCCCUGUCGGUCACCGAGCAAAGAGACUCAGGGUAAUGGUCAAGCAAACUAUGGCAAAGAGCUCAGACCCGAUCAACUGACGACCGCGUUGAAUUCCGUACAAGCGGCUCAGUCAGAAAUCGGGUCCGGCAGUAAUGGCCAAAGAGUUACGGUGCGACGGGUCAGGAGAGCAAACAGCUCAUCACCCGAAUCGGAUGACACUUACGGUGGUGAAGAGGACGAUGUUGGCUUAGGCAAGGAUGAUCAGUAUUUGGUGAGCGACAGAACGGAAAAUAAAUUUUACGGUAGCGUACACGCUGCAGCUGCGGCAUCGAGCUGCGGCAGCACUCAUCAGUAUCCAGGAGCAACACCAAUCAUUGGACCACCAUUGAAUUAUCUUCAACGGCGACUUCAGGCAGCACAAUACUUAUGCCCAGCCAUAUUUCCCUGGGUUGAUAGAGGACCCGCAACCGAAGCUUCCGGGCGCUACGUCAUGAAGAUGGUCGGCAUAUUGUACCUGCUCAUCCUCAUUUUCGACUUGAUAAUCGUCUGUGGGAUGGGCAAUAUGGGAACUUUCACCAUCAACUUGCUUUUUCUAUGUCUUUUUGGAAUCAUUGGUGUUCUCCUAGCAAUAAGCAGAAAACCACAAAACAGGAAUACUUUGAUGUUCAUGACACCAGGGCUUCCCUUCGUUCCAGCGGUCGCUGUCACCGUGAAUAUUUACCUUAUAUUCAAACUUAGUAUUCUGACACUGGUCAGGUUCACAAUUUGGAUGACUUUAGGAUUUGUAAUGUACUUCUACUACGGCAUAAAGCAUAGCAGUCUCGAAGAGAAUAAUCCCGAUGCAACGGACAUCGAAGGAAACGCCGGUAACAUCGAGCUCAAGGUAACCGAGCAUUCGACAACCGCGCAAUCUCAGGAAUACGUUGGACAAGAUCGUAACAUUUACGAAGGUCAGCAAUUGGACGCCUUUGGUCAACCAGUAUUCGGCAGUACGAAUUUUGGCGGUUCGCCAAGUUACGCGACUGGGAAUACGACACAGCCGCAGGGCGGGGCUCUCUUCGUUAGCCAAGAAACUUUCCCAACUUGGGACGAUUGAAAAGGCAAAUAAUAGCCGAUUUUCAAAAGUUCAAGUAUCACGUUUAUUCGUCUUCUUACUUACUUUCUCAACGAACAAAACUCUCUGUAUGGCAAAAUUUUUAUUUUUACAAUUCGUCGUUGCAGUGAGUACGAUACACGAAAUGUCUGCGGUCUUCUUGUGAUUCGUGAGGGCAUGUAGGACAAUUAAUUCGAGCAAUAUUAUUAUUAUUAUCAUUAUUACUCUAGUUGUAAACAGCUGUAGAUCCAAAUCAUUGAAUCUCAUUGAACCAAGUACGCGAAAAGGUUGGUUUUACUGGGAAAAGAUUCGUUUAAUGGAUGAAAAGUUUGAAAGCGCCCCUACUUGUUCCGGUUUAGCUAAAGAUAGGGGCCAGACGCGCUUGGAUUCGCCAUCUUAAUCGGCGUGAGUAAAUCUUCGAGUUACAGUGUGAGCUCCUACUUGUGGCGAAAUUUGCCUGAGUACUUACUCCUUAUGUUAUUUAGGUGCUUUCGCGUAUCAUGAACAGGAUCGUCAGGACCAAAACAUGGAAAUCAUAGGACUCCUUGAACAGGACAAAAAUACUAUAAUGUUAUAAACAGAAUAAUAUUUAAUGGUAAAAUCGUCUAGAAACGUUGUCAGGAACAACGAGCACAAAAAAUAAUACUUUGGGCAAUUGGUUCUGCAUGAACAAAGUAAUCAAUAUUUUCCUAAUUAUCCUGUUAGUGGCACAAAAAAAAUAGUCGGAAAAGCGCUCCACGUUUUCUUCCCAUUCAAUCGAGGAACGUAAAUUCUUAUUUUGGUAACACUGCUCACAUCAGAGUUGGAAUCUUUGAGUGAUUGCUUACGAGGAUGUAAAAAUCGAGGUUCGCACUAACGCAGAGCAUUUUCUUCUCAACUCGAAGCAAAUGUUCAGACAAAUGAAGUUCCUUCGGUUUUUGUCAUUUUCUACUUCCUUCAAUACACAAACGUAUGUUUUGUUUGUUCAUGAGUGGAUCAACAGUUCGGUUACUGAGCGUCGAGGCUUGCCUUGAAUAUGUGAAUGAGUACGUACCCAGAGCAGAUAGAUCAUGAAGCGAGUCCGAAGUUUUGCUGUUGCUUUGAGAGCAUGAAGUUGCAAACUUUCGUAUAUAAAUAAGGGACUACGAUUAUAUCCAUUUUGAAGAGCAUAACAAUGAGUAAAGAGACGUCGUUAGGCUGUUUCAAUUUCUCGAACGUAGCAUUAGAAUCGCAAAAAGAAUUUUUCGCGUCAGUGUGCAAGGAUGGAGAUACUGUGCAUGUGUUCCGAAGCGAGUGAAAGUCUGAUAUGAAGGAUGAUGAAAAUGCGUGCGUGAAAAAAAGUUAGAAAUUUAGAAUUCGAAUGGAAAAAAAAUCUUGCCUAAAUUUGGUAUUUUCCCUUAUUCCUACUAUGGCCCCAAAAAGUAAUUUCUCAAAAUCAUAAAAAAUUGUAAUCCCCCUAAAAAUUUAAGCUUAACUAAUUAACAUUUGUCUUCGAGAAAAUUCCAAGCGUUAAUUCGAUAUUCGUUUUAGCCCAUUUCAUACGAAUUCUGUCAAGCUCUCAGCAGCAUCGAGCCUUCCCUUCGAUGUUUCAUGAGGAAAUUCUAACCGAGAAAGUCGUGACAAGAGAGACACAAGAGAUCUGAGGGAUUACGAUGCUUUUAAAAUCUAUAACGAAUCCUCCUUCGUAUAUUCGGUGUGGUUAAGGAAGGUAAAACGAAACGAGUUCAUCCGUGUGAUAUAAGAUAUUUGUCUUAAUGGACGACGAGAGAUAUCGCGUGGCUCUCGUUUUCCCUUCCGGUAUAUAUUUAUUAUACAAUUCCACUGUUCUUAUAUACUCGUUAAGUAUAUAUAUACAUAUCCAUAUAUAUCUUUACGUGGUAUAUAUAAAACUGCCCUGUACUAAUCGCGCACCUUCCGCAGUAUCGAGCAUUGAUCGUUCAAUCGAUAAGUCUCAUUUCUCAGCAAUUAAACGACAAAAUGGAAUUCUAUACUGCUGACUCAAAGUAAAAACUUCCUCCGAGAUUGUUAUUCUGAUUCAAGAAGGUGGAGAAACGUUUAUGGCAUCGGUGUAGAUGCGAUAAGAAACGGAGAAAAAAAUAUAAUGAGCGUGAAACGGUCGGCAGGGACGACUGCACGUUUGGUUAUACACUAAAAUGUUUUCCUCGCCGCGCAUGACCGUGAUUAUUUUCAUUAGACUCCACCAAACUUUAGUCGCUUAGUUUUUGCUGCUUCAAUAUAACAUUUUUUGAUUGUCGAAUAAUUCCUAUAGGCUGGGAUCAGCGUCAUACUUUGUUAUUUGUAGUUGAAAAAACCUAGACAAACGAGCGAUUGAUGCGAACUCACGCCCUUGCUUCUGGUCAGCUACAUUUUUCAUGUCCCGAUAAUCUUUGCGCCAGGACUAUCUGCAAUAAUGAAUUAGUGUGAGUCAAAACUGUGUGAGAAGUGAUCGAAUAAUGACAAGCAUAUCCCAGGCUAUGGAGAAAAAAAAAACCAAUUUCGUUUAACAAAUAGAACGAGGAUGACAAAAAUUCAUUGUACUUGAAAAAAAAAUUACAAUACAAGCAUUAAUAAUACUCGAAACAAAUAUUUAUGUAUUUGUGAUUCAGGAUUGUUAACAGCAAUCCACGUGCACAUAUCUGAGAUGAUGAACUGAUGAACUUGCAGAUAAUAUUUUCAUGAUUCGUAACACAGUGGUAUUAAAAAUAAAAACGAAACAGAAGAAAAAUAGUAAUAAAAAUAUUUAGACACAAAAUGGAAACUUUGUGUCGCAUUGCGAUGUGCGGAUUCGAGAAAAAGAAAGAGAGAGAGAGAGAGAGAGAAAGAGAGAGAGCACGAGAGAACAAAAGAGAAAAAAUAAAAAAUUAAUAACUGUGUAAAAGAACAGUGCCUGUGCCCCAGACGCUAGAAAAAUCUUAGAUCAUAUUCCGUUGGACUUCACGAUUGCUCGAUAGUGAGCAGAUUUUAUUGAAUAAUAAAAAAAAGAAAAGAAAAAAGUAUAUAUAAACUAAUGUUUUGGAAAGUUCUAUUCAACGACGAGGCGGCGUUAAAUGAAAACGAAGACAUUAUUGUUUUCCAUCCAUAACGUGGAUAGUUCCAUGUUGAAAUGAUCUUCAACAUACUUCCAUCACAGACUGUAUAUCUUCCGUUCCACAUGAAAAUUUUUCGAUCAACACGUCCGGCUGUUUUCCGUUGCUGCGAACAUCGCUAUACGAUGUUUCGCGAUCUUACGCAAAAAAUAUUCGUUAUUUAUUAAUUCGCGUUAAUAAUAAAAUAAGAUCGAAUAGGACAAAUGGAGUUCAAGGAGUUCAAUAAAAUGAAAAAUCAAUCGAACCCGAGCUAGCAUAAAUGCUUCGAAUUAUGGAAAAAGUGCACUAAAUAAUUAGUCGGAAAAACGACAGUGAGAAAACAUACAAGAGUCGAGUGAGAUAUAUUGAUUAUUAAAACUAAUAAAACCUUAUAUUAUAGUCUAAAGUUUCUCGGCCAAUGUGAGUAAAUUUAGAGAACGAGCAAUCGCGACGAGAGGAAUGAAAAUUCAAUGAAAGCGCUAUCUUCGACGAUAAACUUUACAAAUCCAUUAUAUUUAAAAAAUUUGAAAAAAAAUAAUAAUAAAAAAAAAAACAUAACGAAAACAAAAGAACAAUGAACAAAAGAAGAACUUAUAAAACUGACGAGACUAACGGUCAACAUUCGGACACAGUGGCAUUUAAUUCUAUGCUUUUUUAGUUAGACUUUCAAAUUCUUAGAUAGGAGGAAAAGGCCUAUAUAUAUACGUAUGUUUACACAGACUAAAAAUGUCUAUGUGGACAUAUAUAUGUUAUAUUUAACGUUACAAGAUGAUUGUUCAGCGAGCAAAUAUCUUCUGGAUAUCGUUCGCUGAUCAUGGCACGAAAAGCUCUUGGAACACACGCUGUGUGUUAAGUACGAGUAAGGAAAAAAGGAAAGAAAAAACUUGUGUUUUCAACUUGCUGUGGUUCGCAUUAUUGCGCUAUACAUACUACAUAGUAUUAUCGUGUAAUUGAGCGUUACUCAAGAUGCCAUCAAUAUAUUGAACAAAUUUAUGAUGGGGAGGAAAUGUUACUGGUGAUAAAUUCACGAAAAAAAAUAUUAAAUAAUAAUAAAAAAAAAAUAUAUAUAUAUAUAUAAAAAACCACAAACAAUUGAAAAAAAAAUACAUUCGAUUUUUCAACUCUCGUAAUUGCGAGAAUGAGUUAUCCGGUGUAUACGUAUUCUCUUUAAUUGCCAUGUAUAACGAAAAUAAGUUGGGGGAAAAAUAGGGUGAGCGCAAGUGUAAAGCGAUAUGUAAUCGACAGCAAUUACGAAAUAUGACGAACGAGACGAAUGAAAUAUGUAGUCCCGUCAGAUCAGAAUUUUGGUAUGACUUAUAUAUGUGCGUUCGGGGGAUGAAAUUACAAUUUUCCAUGUAAAAUAUAUACCCUACCGUAAUUACGUUAUUUAAUAUCGAUAAGGAUCAAAAUAAAAAUGAUUAUUCGAAA